ACCUUUGAAUGUUUUGUGUAUAUAGAUUAGCGGCAAAAUGAGCUCAUGGAAGAAUAAUCAAGAGAUCGAAAUAUUUCGUGAAUACCUGCGUAUACCAAGUGUGCAUCCGGAUAUCAACUACACACCUUGCGUGGAAUUCUUGAAAAAACAGGCAAUAGACUUGGGUUUGCCUAUUGAAGUUUAUCAUCCUGCGGGUCCAACUAAACCAGUUGUUGUCAUAACAUGGGUGGGACAGCGACCGGAAUUGCCAACAAUUGUCUUAAACUCUCACAUGGAUGUAGUGCCAGUGUUUCCAGACAAGUGGACUUAUCCACCGUUCGGUGCUGAUAUUGACGAAGAAGGCCGAAUUUUCGCGCGUGGCGCACAGGACAUGAAAUGUGUGGGCAUGCAGUACUUAGCAGCAAUACGAGCGCUACGAAAAGAUGGUGUCACUUUGAAGCGUACCAUACAUGUGAUUUUCGUGCCAGAUGAGGAGAUCGGUGGUGUGGAAGGAAUGCGAGUCUUUAUUAAGUCCAACGAGUUUAAAAAAUUAAAUGUAGGCUUUUCCCUCGACGAAGGCAUUGCCUCACCCGAUGAGACCUUCCCCGUAUAUUAUGCAGAGAGAAGCAUUUGGCACGUGCAUUUUGUGUUUAGUGGCACAGCUGGACAUGGAUCGUUGUUGCAUAAAAAUACUGUCGGGCAAAAGUUGCACUAUGUUUUGAACAAGUUAAUGGAAUUUAGGCAACACGAAGUCGAACGUUUGGAGAGUGAUAGUGCUUUGUCGAUUGGCGAUGUCACAACUAUCAAUUUAACCAGCAUAAAUGGUGGUGUGCAGAGCAAUGUGGUGCCACCGACAUUGGAGGCUGUUUUCGAUAUGCGUUUAGCAUUAAAUGUAGACCAUGACGAUUAUGAAAAGCAGUUGAAGAAGUGGUGCGAGGAAGCUGGUGGCGGUGUCGAAAUCAUUUAUGAACAAAAGCAACCCAAAGUACAAGCAACUAAAAUUGAUAGUUCCAACCCUUUUUGGCUGGCUUUCAAAAAAGCUACAACGGAACUUGGCAUCAAAAUCAAGCCCCUGGUAUUUCCUGGUGGCACAGAUAGUCGUUAUAUACGUGAUGUUGGUGUUCCUGCAAUUGGCUUCUCCCCAAUGAAUCAUACCCCCGUGUUGCUGCAUGAUCACGAUGAAUUUUUACAAGCUGAUGUCUACUUAAAGGGCAUCGAAUUCUACAAGAAAAUUAUACCAGCUGUUACAAAUGCUUAAGUUCUACCUAUGUAUGUAGGCAUUUUGCGUCAUGCAGGGGUAUGCAGUUGUAUAUUUGUUAUUGCAUUUCGAUUAAAUAUAAAAAUAAGCUAAAUAUAAAAUUAAAGGAAUAAAACUAAAUUUUAGUAAUAAUAAUACUUUCUAACGA